AUUGUCAUCACAACCACCCAGCAAUACCGGCAUGCUCGAAACAUAAUGACAGGCCACCGGCUUAGAUCUCUCCAACUCCUCGAUCCGCUCAACCUCCACAACCCGUGACGUCAAAAUCAACCGCAGAGGGUCCACCCUGAUUAAUAAUGUCCUGCACGAGUCAUUAGCGACGAUACCAGAUGAACUUCGGCAGUCAUGGGAGCCCCUAUAUCCGUUGAGUUAAAUAUCUCUGGGAAUCCGGCGGAACUCGUCCGGAGAGGGCAACGAAGCGAACCUGUGCAUUCAAACGCCAGCUGCUUUUGGCACCCAACAGGAUGAAAGAAAUCAUCAAUCUUCACGACUGCAGGACCAAGCUGAUUGAGUCGGCGGUCCCCGAGAUUAAUGACGACCAGGUCCUGAUCCGUGUCGUCGUCUCCGGAUCGAACCCCAAGGAUUGGAAAGUGCCGGAUCUUGCGCACAGCGAGGAGCAACCGUUUUUUGAGCGCUACGAGAAAGUCCGAGAGGGAGUAAAUCAAGGCGAUGAUAUAGCUGGUGUGGUCGAAAAGGUGGGAACAAACGUGGUCGAAUUUCGGCCCGGUGAUCGAGUCGGAGCUUUUCACGAAAUGCUAGCGCCUGGAGGCAGUUAUGCCGAGUAUGCGGUUGCAUGGAGCCAUACCACGUUCCAUUUACCAGAGAAGAUUUCAUUCGAAGAGGCCGCAACCAUCCCCCUAGCCGGUCUCACGGCAGUUGUAUCUCUCUACCAUCACCUCGGAUUUCAAUUCCCCUGGUCCCCAGCAGCGAAAGGUAAAUCCCCCAGCGCCACGACGCCGUUUAUUGUCUACGGUGCAAGCACGGCAGUCGGGUCCUACGCGAUCAAGUUCGCCAGACUCAGCAACAUCCACCCGAUUAUUGCGAUCGCCGGAAAGGGCGCCCAUUACAUCCGGAAGUUCCUGGAUGAAAGUAAGGGCGACGUAGUUGUGGAUUAUCGGGACGGCCCCGAGAAAACCGUCGCUGGCAUUCGCCAUGCUCUGCGCUCAUCCACUGGUGCCAACGAUCUCCCGGCAAAUCAUGCCCUAGACACAAUUGUUACGGAGGAUAGUACUACUGUGCUGCGUUCUGUCAUGAACCCUGGUGGCAACAUUAAUUAUGUACUCAUGAGCCCCCCCGAUGUUUCUCCCGCGGUUGCGUCGAACACUUGGGUCAGUUCAGCCCACCAGAUCGGUGGUAUUGACGAUUGCCGUGAUCUGUGCUUCGUGUUCUGUCGGUGGUUCACGAGGGCACUGCAGACGGGUGAGUUGGAGAGUCAUCCAUUUGAAAUCAGAGAAGGUGGCUUGUUGGGGGUUGAGGGGGCGAUGAAGGACUUGAAGGAUGGAAAAGCGAGUGCGGUUAAGUACGUUUUUAGAAUUGGCGAGACGCCGGGACUAGAGAAGUUGAUCUAGAUGCUAUGUUCACGCUAGAUGUUUAAUACAGGCCUGAGGAAUCCAACGAGGGGUAGGCAGAAGGAAUAUCAAACAAGUGGUUGAUACUGUGGGUGCC